AUGCCUGCCUACCACUCGGCGUACAACGACGACCCGGAGGCGCGUCAGAUCGGAUCGAUGGCGCUCCUCCCCAUCCGCAGCAAGAUCCGCGGUCCCGCGCCGCCGCCCGUCGACCCGUCGCAGAUGGACAUCGUCGACGAGUCCAUCGACCUCUUUCGUGCCAACUCGCUCUUCCGCAACUUUGAAAUCAAGGGCCCUGCCGAUCGUACGCUCAUCUACCUGAUCCUCUUCAUCUCCGACUGCCUCACCAAGAUCUCGAGCGCACGCAUCCCCAUGACGCAGAACGAGGCGCACAAGCAGCUCUCGACGUACGCCGUCGACGCCUUUGCGCUGCCCGGCGACGCCAACUUUCCCAUGAACAGCCUCUACGCCGCGCCCGCGAAUCGCGCAGACGCAGACGCACUCCGCUCCUACCUCACCCAGGCGCGGCAGGAGACGGCGCUCCGCCUCGUCGACAAAGUCUACAUCGACGGCGUACCCUCCAAGUGGUGGCUCGCUUUUACCAAGCGCAAGUUCAUGGGAAAGAGCCUCAGCUAG